AAAACUUCAUUAUCAAAAGAAAGGUCGUGGACUCUUUCCUUUGCUCACCUGAAUUAUUAGAUUAUACCCUUCGCCUCCUUUUGCAUGUCCCUCUCCCUCUUUUAAUGGGUUGUGGAAUUUCCAGAUUCGACAUCACCAAAGAGGGAGACGCCUCGCAGUUAUACACUCAAUUAAGCCUCGUUCAUCGACCCAAUGACCGUGCCAUUACUCAUAGUCACCUUGUUUCAAAGAAACCGUUACCCAACAAGAGGGAAGAGCAUGCAAAAGGAGAAGGUAUUCAUAAUAAGAAGGUGAAUCCCGAGGAAAAAGGAAUCAAACAAAGGGAAAAGGAAGAGGCCUUCGUUGAUAAACAAGGUUUUGAGGAUGAUGUAUAUGAUAGAGACGAUGACAUUUCAUACACACGAUCACCAAGUUUUAGGGUAUACUGCAUUCCAUCUCAAUCUGACGAUGGUAAUAAUGAAUGUGAUUGUAAUAUAGAGGAAAUAAAGGACGACCAACAGGUACAUGUUGAAAAUGACAAGAAGAGAUCAAGUAUAGGACGAGGGAAGACAAAUGGCAAAGGAGAAGAAAAAAAGAUUUUCAAGAUCCAUAUAUUUCGAAAUAUAUUCCACUCCUCAUGUUAGCAGCAUUGAGAAAAAAGGCUUUCUUGGUGGAACAGAAUGGUUGUCCAGGUUAGUUCAGGGAGCAAGGAUACAGAUACCUAAGAGGGGUAUGAGAACCAUACGGGUAUUACCGGUUCAUGUAAUUUUCGAAGCUACCAUGUAACUUGUUAGUCUAGUAGUGGUAGCCUUGCUUCUCAAAACCAUACGGGUAUUACCUGAUCAUGUAAUUUUCUCUUAUAUUCCCUUCUAUUCUUUCAUUUAACUCAAUUCUAUAUUUUAGAUUUUUGGGGUUGUUUUCCUUUUUAACACA